AUGGAGGAAGCCUCCUACAACAACCACGCCGGCUACUAUGGUCGACCGGCAGCUCCUCACCCUUCAGCAAACACAUCGGCUGACAUUACACCAAUUCGCGGCGGAACACCCAACACAGACGGCAUCGCCAAUCCGUUCAAUGACGCAGCAUCCUCGCGACAAAACCCAUUUGCCAGCCCAAGCGUCUCCCGGCCAGACUCGUCCUAUACCACAUCUAACGGCGGAUAUGGCAGCCGCCACGAUGGCCAACGAUUUUUCCACUCAAGACGAAUUCCGAAGGGAGUCGAAAGUGAGAAACCUUGGCUCGGCAAGAAGGACAGCAAGGAGAAGUGGGUGACCAUAUUCCCCAUCCUGGGCAUCCUAGCCGGGUUGGGAAUCUCUGCUUUCCUAGUCUGGGACGGAAUCAACAGUGUUGUCAAACACAACUAUUGUCCCGUCAUGGAUGACGAUUUCUCAGGUGGCCUGGACAGCUCCAUCUGGACAAAGGAGGUCGAAGUUGGCGGUUUCGGCAAUGGCGAGUUCUGCCAGACUACGGGGGGUGACGACAAUGUGUUCCUCGAAAAUGGUGUGCUCACAAUCCGUGCGAGUCUGCAGGAUGAAGACAAGGUCGAAAAGGACACUCUGAUUGACCUUUUGGAGGACGGGACUUGCACCUCAGACCAAUUCUCGGCUUGCGUUGCCAGCACCAACACCACAGUUGGAAAUUCUAGCAUCGUUCCGCCCACCAAGUCAGGGCGAAUCAACACCAAGAAGGGCGCCUCCAUCAAGUACGGCCGCGUCGAGGUGACAGCAAAGUUGCCCAAAGGCGACUGGCUAUGGCCGGCCAUCUGGAUGAUGCCUGUCAAAGACACGUACGGUGCGUGGCCCGCGUCGGGUGAGAUCGACAUUAUGGAGAGUCGAGGCAACAACUACACCUACGCGCAAGGCGGCAACAACAUCAUCUCUUCCGCCCUCCACUGGGGGCCCGACCCGGCUAACGACGCAUGGUGGCGCACCAACAACAAGAACCAGAUUCUGCGUGGCGCAUAUUCCGAUGACUUCAACACGUUUGGUCUCGAGUGGUCACAGAAGUAUCUCUUCACCUACGUCAACUCGCGCCUCUUGCAAGUCAUGUACACGAACUUUAAGAAGCCCAUGUGGGAGCGCGGAGACUUUCCUCCAGCACGAAGCAACGGGACGAGGGUGGAGGAUAUCUGGUCCCAGACCGGCAACAGCAACACGCCAUUCGACCAGGAAUUUUACUUGAUCCUCAACCUGGCUGUGGGUGGCACAAACGGCUGGUUCGAGGACGGCAAGAGCGGCAAGCCGUGGAUGAACGAGAGCCCCAACGCCCGGAAAGAUUUCUGGAAAGAUAGGGGACAGUGGCUGGAGACGUGGGAGCGCCCGCAGAUGGAGGUCAAGAAGGUGGUCAUGAUGCAGCAAUGCAACGGAAACGAGGAGCUCUAA